AUGCAAGUGGUUUUUGUUUUAGUUUUUAGUUGUAGUUUAGCUCAGCCAUGUAGGCGAGGAGAAGAUGUUGUUACGUGUUUUAGAUUUGUUAGGAGGGAGUUUGAAGGCACUAGGAUUAUGAAAAUUGCCGAUGUGAAUGCCCCACGACUAGAUCUGACAGAGUUUGAAGAUUUGGAACAACUACAGAUAGUCAAGUCCAGGCUGUCCUGCAACGCCAUAGAGAGAAAUCAAGGGACGAUAGUCAUUCUUGGCUCUAAAGAAUGCUCACAUGAUGUAACUACCGAAGAAACAACGAGCACUCUGACCAGCACGCUGACCAGCCUGACGAGAGACGUCUUAUCGAACGGCACAUAUGUUAAGCUGAUUGUCCUAUACGGAGUGAUUUCCGCCAUUUUUAUUUUGACGGCCGUGAUUUGUAUUGCCCUUGCGCUAUGGAGGAAAUGUAGGGGGCGCACCCACGCCAUAGCCGAUGCCGAAUCCCUCGUGUACUUCGAUAUGAGUGACUUUAAAGUCGAAUAAAUUGUAUAUAUUUUUUUUAUAGUGGUGACUAUUUUGAUUUGCAUUCUGGAAUGGAUUUUCCGGGAGGAAGAGGUAAUCCAACGGGAGGAAGCAGCAAUUCAGCCACGGCAAGUGCAGAUUCCCCCGCCACCAGUCCCCCGUAGAUCCAACCGUACCAGGAGACACCCCCGAAUCGCUUAUCGUAUUGACUUGUGAAUAAAGCGGACUGUGUGUGAUGUAAAUAAAAGUAUGUUGUUAUUGUUGUUUGAACUACAUUGAUAUACUUUGAAUUAAAUUGUUAU